UUAAUGAGUGCAGACCUGACAAGGAAGUGCUUUGUCUCACAGGCAAGAAUACUAAAGCAAUAAAGAUUUGGAUUAUUGAUCUGGAUGCCUUUUUAUAGAGCAGAUUUGAGUUUUGGUUGUGUAUGUAGACAUACAGCUCUCUGUUCAGGUGCCAUUCUGACAUUACGUUUGACCUGAGGAUUUUCUGACAGAGACGUUUCAACUUUGUUUUAUCUAUUUCAGUGUUUCUUCUUUUACUGCUUGUGUUCUUGGUUUUUUCCCCCCUGUCCCCUAAUUACAGUGUGUCUCAAAAGUCUCCAUAUAUAGGGGACUAUGUAUUCCAGCACCACGUCGGUUGUGCCUUCGUCAUUGGAUGUUCGUGGACAUCCACUUCUUGGUUGGUCCAUCCAACCAAUAGACUUCCAGUCUUUUUUAAUUUUGUUAAUAAUUUUGGCAACAGUGUCAUGUGUGAUGUGCUUGCCAUGUUUCCUGUUAAAGUCCAGUGCAACCUUUCCACAGCUUCCCAAUCCAGCCAUGAAAAUAAUUUCAAUACUUUGUUCUUUUGUGAAAUGCAUUCUUAAAGGCUAUCUGAAAAGUAGAUAUAUAAUGUAAACUAAGUAUGAAAAAUUUUGGAAGACAUUGUGCUAAAACCUGUUAAUUUCCCCUAUGUAUGGAGACGUUUUGAACACCCUGUAUUAUCUUUAGUCUAUUUAUUACUUUCUUUUAUUCACACAUUCUUUGGUAAGCUUUUGUAAUGUCCAUACGGCACCUUGAACCUGAGUAUACAGAUAAUUUGGUACAUCUGGGUUUGAGUUGUUUGUAAGGACUUGUGGAUAUUGCCUACCUUUUGUUCAAAAUGUACAAUUAAAGUGAGAGUCACAUGGCACACCAAUGGACAUGACUGGCUGAGCACAGCUUAAAUGUAACCUUAAUUUCUAACAGAGCAGAUUUGUAUUGGACAAUCUCCAUGGUGACCCCAAGUGAGUGUAAAACCACUGACUGAUGUGCAGCAGCAAAAAGUAAGUGCUUCAAAUGAUUUUGGAUAAUCGUAUAUAAUUACAAUUUAAAAAAUGUGUUCUUUGUAUUUAAUAAUAUUGAAAAUGUUUAAAACUGCUAAUGCAAUAGAAUGGAAUUGAAACGUUGGAGUGACGAGGGUAGAGAUAAUGUUAUUUUACGCAACAUCAGAGCAGCCACUGACUUUUCUUAUUGUUCAUGGAAAAAUCAUGGAUCAGCAGGAUCUGGAAGCAAGGAACCGUGUGGACAAAAUGCCAACUAAAGCUCAAGAGGAUGCUGUGAUCAACAUGAAGUCUAUACAGGAUAUCUCGAAACAGCUGGGCUUUGAAUGGCCAGUUCUUGCAUAUGAACUGGGCUUCACAAGAAUUGAAGUCAGGCAGUUUCAUGCUACAUCGAAGGAGAAGCGGGAUCAGGCCAAGAGCAUGCUGGAAUCCUGGUAUGAGAGGACUUGGGAUAAGUCUAAUAAGACUAAAGUGCUGCAGGAUGGACUGGAGCGUGCUGGUCGUAGAGACCUGGCUGAGAGGCUGCGCUGUCUUCAUUGGGGCCACCAGAAACUCAGCCGCAGAGUCGAGCUGCCCUCUGCCUUCCCCUUUCUCAUAACCGUCCACAAGACUAUAGAUAACAAGGAGGCCCUGAGAAGAAUAAAUGAGCUUAAUCGCAGUUUCAACUAAUAUCAUUGCUGGGAAACAAUAAUACAUUCUUAAGUUCUCAGAUGUUCUGGAUACUCCAAACAUAAUUUAAAUGGAUUUAUCAUGCAGAACACUUUUAAUUAUGUAAAACAAAAACUGUUGGGGUUUUUUUUUUAAGUUGAAGUACAUUAAUUAUAUUGUUUUCACACUGAUGUACAGUUUGCAUAGUUUUAAUGCUUUCAAAUUAUUUAGGGCAACUCAGACAGAUGCAGCAUUAUUUUACUGAAACUAAUAACUUAGGAAAUCUUUUAUACUUCUUGUAAUAUUCAAAAUAAAUUUAAAACGGUUCAAUCUAUACUUCCCUGGAUUCCAGGAAUCUACUAGUUGUUGUUGUUUUUUUUUUUAAUACAGGGACUGACUAACCAGGUAAAUAAACAAAACCAGGCCACGUGACAGCAAUUUGGUCACAGCUAGCUGUACAUUUCCUAUCCAAUACCAUUCCGUGAGAAAGCCUAUACGUUAACCACCUAUAUAAGUAAUAUAAAGUCUGCUUCACAGCAAAUCAUGUUAUAUCUAUUCCAGCCAACUGUGUCUAAACAGCAGGAUAGAUAUGAAUGCUGGAACAACGAUAGGUCGAGUCAACCAAACUCAGUGUGUGUAGCCAAU